GCCUUUGGAGGCUUGUAUCGGCGCGACGCAGCCGGUUCUGUUGCUGCCGGUCUGGAUCUUGGACCGAUUCAAAGAGAAGUAGGAGGCAACAAAAUGGCCACAGGAGCAGAUGUCCGGGAUAUAUUAGAACUGGGAGGCACUGAGUCUGAGAACAUAGGAACUAUUAAUAAGAAAGACAUCAUCAAUUCUGAUAAGAAAAAAUCCAAGAAAUCAUCAGAGACCCUAACAUUCAAGAGACCAGAAGGAAUGCACCGGGAGGUCUAUGCACUACUGUAUUCUGAUAAAAAAGAUGCACCUCCUCUUUUGCCCAGUGACACUACACAGGGCUACCGCACAGUCAAGGCAAAGCUGGGUUCCAAGAAAGUGCGGCCCUGGAAGUGGAUGCCCUUCACCAACCCAGCUAGGAAGGAUGGGGCUAUGUUCUACCACUGGAGGAGGGCAGCAGAAGAGGGCAAGGAUUACCCGUUUGCCAGAUUCAACAAAACAGUGCAAGUUCCAAUCUACUCAGAGCAGGAAUAUCAGAUGUACCUCCAUGAUGAUGCCUGGACCAAAGCUGAAACAGACCACCUCUUUGACUUGUCACGUCGGUUUGAUCUCCGCUUUGUGGUCAUACAUGACCGCUAUGAUCACCAGCAAUUCAAAAAGCGUUCAGUGGAAGACCUAAAGGAACGUUACUAUCACAUCUGUGCUAAGUUGGCCAAUAUUCGUGCUACUCCAGGCACUGACUUGAAGAUCCCUGUCUUUGAUGCUGGCCAUGAAAGGCGCCGGAAGGAACAGUUAGAGAGACUAUAUAACCGGACACCAGAACAGGUGGCAGAAGAAGAAUAUCUAAUCCAGGAGUUGCGGAAAAUUGAAGCCAGGAAGAAAGAGAGGGAGAAGCGAACACAAGACUUGCAGAAACUCAUUACAGCUGCUGACACAACCACUGAACAAAGACGCGCAGAGCGAAAGGCACCCAAGAAAAAGCUGCCGCAGAAGAAGGAAACAGAGAAGCCUGCUGUCCCUGAAACUGCUGGUAUCAAGUUUCCAGACUUCAGGUCUGCAGGUGUCACACUGCGGAGCCAGAGGAUGAAACUGCCGAGCUCCGUGGGACAGAAGAAGAUUAAAGCCUUGGAGCAGAUGCUGAUGGAACUCGGAGUAGACCUGAACCCAAUGCCUACAGAGGAGAUUGUCCAGAUGUUCAACGAGUUGCGCAGCGAUCUAGUGCUGCUGUAUGAGCUCAAGCAAGCCUUUGCCAACUGCGAAUAUGAGCUGCAGAUGCUGAGACACCGUUACGAGGCACUGGCCAAAGCAGGGAGCGCAGGGCCCAACGUGGACGGUGGCUCGCAUGCUGAUGGACAGUCAGGCUUGUGCACUGAAGAGGGCAAGGGUGAUGGCAAAGAACAGAUCAUUGAUGUGGUUGGGGCCCCCCUCACACCCAAUUCGAGGAAGAGGAGGGAAUCUGCUUCCAGUUCCUCAUCUGUCAAAAAGGUGAAGAAGCCCUGAGAAACAUGGAAGUUCCAGCUGCUGGAAUUUGGAGGACCAGGACACUGACUGUGGGUGCAGGAGGGCUGCAUGACAGUGACCUUUAUGCCAGAGGAUUCUUGUUGUGACAUUGCCCUCCCCUGCUUGAGAAAAGGGUAGGCCUGCCCCAGGUAAAGGGGCUGGACUAGCUAUGUGCCAGCCUCAUAUUACUUGUUGCUGUGGUUAUUGUGUUGUCUUUUGUAUGCCUGACUUUUGUAAACUUCCUUGUAAAUACAGAAUCCGUUAAUUCUU